AUGUCGUUCAUCUUAUUUCUAAUAUCUUUAAAUUUAGUUUUUGGAUCAAUUAUAGUAGUAAAAAAUGAAUCAGAAAUUGACUAUCCUGAAAACUUAGCAGAUGACUCCAGCAGAUCAUUACUGAGUGAAACCACAAUUGCAACAAGAACAGUAGCGGAAGAAACAUUGGAAGAGCUUGUUGUAAAGCACGAGAACCUGAAUAGAGACGAAACUAUCAAAAUAACAUUAUACUUUGCAGCUUCUUAUAUAGUAAUGAUUGCAAUCAUCAUAACCAUUGCAUACCUGUACACACGUUUCCUAAAACGUACAAUUGAAGGGCCCAUUGAAGCCGAAGAAGGACGUGUAGGAAAAGCUGCAGAUGUAGUUAAAAAUACAGAGGUAGUUGCAGAUACAAAGAAAGUUGCAGAUGAAGUUGCAGUGACAGUGGAAGAGUCAGAGGAUGAGUCACUGGAAGAAGAAGAGUCACUGGAAGAAGAAGAGUCACUGGAAGAAGAAGAGUCACUGGAAAAAGAGGAGUCAGUGGAAGAAGUGGAAGAAAAAGAGUCAGUGGAAGAAGAAGAGUCAGAGGAAGAAACUGAGGAAGAAGAAGAGACAUAA